AUGGACCUCCUGCACAGCGCUGGGGUCCAGGCCACCUGCUAUCUCCAAGAGAACCUGAUGGGCUUCCGGGACUGGUUCCUCUUCAUCUCCGCUGCUGCUGACCUCCGAACCACCUUCUUUGUCUUCUUCCCCAUCUGUUUCCACCUGAAGGAGUCCGUGGGGAUCCGGCUGAUCUGGGUGGCCGUGAUCGGGGACUGGCUCAACCUGGUUUUCAAGUGGAUCCUCUUUGGACAGAGACCCUACUGGUGGGUGUAUGAGACCGAGUUCUACGGCAAGGACCCGCCCCCGGUGAUCCAGCAGUUCCCCAUCACCUGCGAGACUGGUCCAGGUAGCCCUUCCGGUCAUGCCAUGGGGUCCUCUGGGGUCUUCUACGUCCUGGUUACAGCACUGCUAGCCCAGCUAUCGCCACUGCAGCCAAACACCUUGAUCGGCAGGUGCCUGCGUGGCCUCCUCUGGGCAGGAUUCUGGGCUGUCCAGGUGUGCGUCUGUUUAUCCCGCGUCUUCCUUGCGGCCCACUUUCCGCACCAGGUGAUCUCCGGGGUAGUCUCAGGGAUGGUGGUGGCAGAGGUUUUUGCGCAUGUCCGCUUCAUCUACAACACCACCCUGUGGCGAUACGUGGGCACCACCCUCUUCCUCUUCGGCUUUGCCUUGGGUUUCUACCUGCUGCUCAAGAUGUUGGGCGUGGACCUCCUGUGGACCUUGGAGAAGGCCAACAAAUGGUGCGAACGGCCAGAGUGGGUCCAUAUCGACACCACCCCAUUUGCCAGCCUGCUUCGCAACCUGGGCAUCCUCUUUGGCCUGGGGGUUGGCCUCCACUCCCCCCUGCAUGCAGAAAGUUGCAAAGGGAAGCCAGGCCGGCGGUGGAGCUUCCGCCUCAGCUGCAUCUUGGUCUCCCUGCUCGUCCUGCAUCUCUUUGAUUCCCUUGAACUCCCCACAGACAGGGAGCGGCUCUUCUACGUCCUCGCCUUCUGCAAGAGCGCCUGUGCCCAACUUUGUGCCGUGGCUCUGAUCCCCGGGGGCAUCUCCUGGCUCCUCCGGCAGGCAGAGAAGAAAGACUCGUAG